AAGUUAAAUUAAAAAUUUGCCAGCGUGUUUAUUUAUUCGUACAUCGGUUCCAAGCCCUUCCUACAUCUCACGAACACCUAAAGGCGCACGUUAGCAUUGCCUUCCCCAAAAAGAACAAAGCGCGUGAUCUCACGCGCGAAGUCGUUCUCCUCUUGCAACCUUAGAAACACACAGUCUCUAUAUCUAUCUCCUCUCCGAUUCACCACCGUCGCCGUCCCUUGUUUCCGAUCCAAUUUCCUUUGACGGAAUCCUGUGAAUAUGAUGAGACGGGAUCCAGUGUUUGCGAGGAAGAAGCAAUCAUCGGUUCCAUCAUUGGUUGAUCUUUGUGUUCAGAAAGCUAUAGAUAAUGUAAGAUACCUUGGAAAUGUUGGUCCUGUUGAUCAUCAUCUGCUUGAGCAAAUUUUGCCGCAUUGCACGCUUGACCAGUUGAUGCAUAUCGAGAAGGCCAGCGAAGGGGAUUUGAGCCCUGUAACUGAUAAGUUGUGGAAAAAGUUCUUCGAGAAGCAGUUUGGUUCAAAUUGCGUGAAAGAAGUUAUUAAGAGGAUGGCAGAAAAAAGAGUGUCAUUCAGAUGGUUGCAGUUGUACGAGGCUAAAGUAAAGGAAAUGGCCGAGGCUGAGAAUGAAGCACUUGAUCGAAUCAGGCAACGCUACAAGAAAGAAGAUGCAAGAAAACAGAGUAGGCAAGUAAAGAUAUGCGCCAAAGUUCCACCUUCAAGUAAAAGAAGAUUUUGGGGAGAUAAUGGACCUGGAUACAAUGUGUCAAAUGUGAAGAGCAACAUAAUGAAGAAGUCAAAGAUAGAAUUUCUUAAGUGCCGCGAGGUAAAAAACAUUGCAGCAAUGAAUAAAAACUCUAUCCAGAGACCUACCAGUUCAUCAAGCAUGAUGAAGAGUGGAAGUAUGUGGAAUUGGUUCAACUUCAAAAGAUCCCAAAUCUUCAAAGAGGUUAUUUUAGGAGCAAAAUAUGCUAUGUAUCAUUAUCUGAUUUUAAAUUGUGAUGACAGUUACAUUUAUCUUGAUGCUACUAAAAAAUUGUAUUAUCAUUAUUCGCUUGAUUUUUAUGUGCUGGUGUAUUAUUUACUGUGUAGAUAGCAUCAAAAUAUGCAUAAUCGUUGUAAUAUGUUGAGUUCCAUAUAUAAAUGCAAUUUACAGAUGAUUUUCA